GCUUUUUGCAUGUCAAGAUUUUCUUGGUAUAAAUAUAAUAUUACAUGUUUUUACUUUCAUCUAAUCUAUUUUCACAAUUUUCACAUAGUGUUUUAGUUUUGCAAAAUAUUGGAUAUUAUUAAGAACAAUUAAGAAAUCGAAACUUUUCAAUUCAAGCAGAAGAAAAUGAAAAGUUUUCAAGUGCUUUGAUAAAUUACAUUUCAGUGGAAAUAUGUCCGCUUCCAUGAUAAUAUAACACAUCUUCAAUUUAUUUUCAAAUAAAAAAUUAGUGUAUACAUUGCACAUUGGAUUAAUUAACAAGUUUUAUUUUAAGACAAUUUUCAAAAUGGAUCAAACUUUGACAAAUGAAUUUCUUGCUGGAAGUAAUGGUAUCUCCAUUAUUCGUCGAGAAGAUGAUGAACUCAUCAUCUUUACCUCAAUUGAUGAGGCAACAAGAUCCUGGCUAAAUUCCUUACACUAUAUAUGGAAUUUAUGGAAAAAAAGUCAAGGAGUCACGAAAACAUUAACCGAUUACUUUGAAACUGCACCGAAUCCCUACCUCAGUACUUUACGAAUAUUAGUCAAUACUAAUGAUUUCUCACACUCAAAAACGAAAUCUUCACUUUCUUUUACAAUUAUGGAGGAUUUUUCAAAGUGGAUUGCUCCUCAGAAGGAUAAUUUUAAAGAAUGUUUGGAAGUGGAUUUAAAAAUAGCUGCUUUUAAAUUAGUUUCUAAACAAAAGAAUUUGCAGCUUGUAAAAAUAGUUGCUGAAACUUAUGAAUUUACUUCUUGCAAUGGAUUAUUUUACGAAAUAAUAGAGGCCAUGAUAUGUGAUAAAAAAUACAAGGAGGCUGCGCAAUAUGCCGAAAUGUUAAAUUUACAGUCUCUCUUCGCAGACCCGGAAGUCUUGUUGCUUCCACUUAUUUUGCAAAAUAAAGUUACAGUUGUGGAAGAUUUUCUAGCGAACCAAACCGAAAUUCAAAGAAACUUGGUUCAAUAUUUGGACAGUCUUUUGGCUCCGGGGAAAAACAUACAAGUUACAUUAGAUCGCUUCAUAACGAAGAAUAAUAUUCCAGACGUAAAAAUGUCAACUGCACAAUUGAGACCAAUGUCGAAGUUAGUUGCUCGACUUGCUAAACUUUAUAAACUUCCUCCUGAAAUUUGUCCAUACUUGAAUCAAAAGCGGGGCGAAGGAGCUCUUCAAUUUUUAAUUUACAAACGAUUUGUUGAAGGCAGUCUCAGUGCAGAGAGUUGGAGAGAAAUGGUUAAAGAAGCUGUCGGCAAUGAUGAGCGAUUGCACAUAGAAGUAGUCAAGACGUUAUCAUUCACGAAUGUUAAAGAAGCUCUUUACUUUGCUAAAUUGCUGAACGUUCCUGAAAGUGAGUGGCCCUGGUCCGUUCAACAAAUGGAAAAGGAAAAUCCAAAUGUUGAUCAGGGUGCAAGCAGUGGUGCGCAAGAAAACUGGGACGUAGAUGCCUGUACCACUUAUUACAAUUUAAAGUUGCCAAGAGAUAAUAUUAAACUAGUUAGUGACAGAAGAACUUUUGAAGAGUUUCUUGACAGAAUAAUGAAAGGGACAAAUCUUGUUGGCAUUGAUUCCGAAUGGAAGCCAAGUUUCGGAACUAAAAAGUCGGAAUUAGCGUUAAUUCAAAUUGCAACGGAGACAAAUGUCUACAUAAUAGACACAAUAAAUUUGGGAAAUGACUUCAAAGACCUUUGGUCUGAAUUAGGAUUAGUUUUGUUUGAAAAUAAACAUAUACUAAAAUUAGGUUUCGGAUUGGCGAAUGACAUUGCAAUGAUGCGUGAGAGUUUACCAGCGCUUUCAAAUGUGAGAGCUUGUGGGCAAGGUUACAUGGAUCUACUCCAUGUUUGGAGAAAACUUGUCAAUGAGUACGACUUUGAAUUUCCCUACGCGGGCGAUCCGAAUUUUUCAAACGAAAGUUUAAGCAAAUUGGUGGAGCUUUCUUUAGGUCAUCGAUUGAAUAAAUCGGACCAAUUCUCCAACUGGGAGAGAAGACCUCUGCGAGAGAGUCAAAUUAUUUAUGCAGCUUUGGAUGCAUAUUGCUUAUUAGAAGUUUAUGAUGCACUUGCAAAGCAAUGUGCGCAAAUGGAGAUUGACUUUCAUGAAAUAUCGGCACAAGUUCAACACAUUCCGCACAAGUCUCCAAAAAAAGCUUUUAAAAAAGCCACACCGAGCCGAAAUGAAGUUAGUGAUCAAACUGAAGCCGUAAGUCUUCCGGUGCAAGCGUCUCGAAUGCAGCAAAUGAAAAGCGCCUUGGUUAAGGUUGAAGGAGUCAAUGACAUUCACCCUGAAUCUAGGACUCUGCCGACAGUUGCUCAUCAGUGGCGUGCUGUUUGUGAUUCAAUGCUGGGAGCACUAGCCAGACAGCUUCGAAUGUGUGGCUGCAAUUGCGUUUACAUAGAACACGAUCGCGGUGGCGAUCAAUCGAUCAAAGUGGCUUUAAGCGAAAAUCGAGUUCUACUUACACGAAACAGUUGUUAUGAAAAAUUUGCUCAAAAUGUACCAGCUGGUUCUUGCUACAGAGUUGUAACUAACAAAGUCGAAGAACAGCUCAAAGAAGUAUUAAAUCAUUUUAACAUUACAGUAACAGAGAGGGACAUAUUUAGCCGUUGUCAAGUUUGCAAUCAAGAUGAGUUUGUCCGUGUGACUGAAGCCACAAUGAAUAUUCUUUUUGACAGUUAUAUGAAGAUGAUGCGAGGUCGUAAUUACCGAGUGCUGCCAGGUCCUUCCAUUGCCAGUGACCAGUUCGAAGCAGAAUGUGAGGAAGUUUCUAUCCCGGAAAAUUGCGAACUUGAUCCGAGUAGAGGAAGAUUACGUCAAAGUAAGCACGAUCGUACUUGGCGACUCAGCGAAAAUACUUUGGAUCUUGCACAGUGUCGAACUAAGUAUGGAGUUUUAAUUAAAAUCGACAAGGUUCCAUCGAAAGUUGUCAAAAAUGUGAAAAGCUUUUACAUUUGCGAAAGUUGUGGCAAAGUUUACUGGGACGGAUCGCAUAUGGAACGAGCUCUCAAUGGAGUAUUGAAAGAUGUCAUUGUUCAUAAGUGAUCAUAGUUUUAUGUCUAUAGUAUUUUGUUAAAAGAUAUAAAAUACAAAAUUGUGUUCAAUGAAAUGGUGAUUUCUAGGUAUGUAUAAACUUAAUGCGUAACUAAGUUUUGUUUAUUUUUUCAUCAAUGAAGAAAGGUGAUAUAAAUUUUAUUUUUCUUUUGUUAUACUUACUUCAUAAAAACUAUUAAAUACUUAUUCUAUUAGUAAAUUCGUUUCUAUUUGAAAAAUACAAAAAAGUCCAUUCCUAUUUGUAAGAUUAAUUGAAUUCUUCUUUUUCAAUUUAUCGUAGUCAAAAAUUAAAUAUCAGUGUAAUGAAAUAUAAAAAAUUUUCAAUUAGAAGCUUUAAUACACUUAAGGAUAAAGUAUUUUGAAAUGAGUAGACAGAUUUUUAUUCACUCAAGUUAUAGAAUUUGAAUUUAUCUUUUAUAGUAUGUAAAGUGCUCAAAAUAUUACUUCUUCUAUAUAACUCGUGUAUUCAGCGCUAAAGAGUUGAGCAUAAGAUUGGUAACAGGGUUGCUUGUCAAUACUUGAUCAUUUUUUUAUACAAGCUUUUUUUCCAAUAUUAUUUUGGGAAGUAAAGAUCUGUCUCUAUAGUAAGAUGUAAAAUUAUUUUAAUUUACAUAAGAUAUAUUUUAAUUACACGUCAUAUAAAAAAAUGUAACACCUAUACACAUAAUGUACAUAAAAUGCGUAUACAAUGUUGCUUUUAAAUGAUAAAGUGAUAAUUGAAAGCUACAAAAAGCUAAGUGAUAUAAUUAUAUGAAUUUAUGUCAAGACAAAGAACAAUUUGCGAAAAAAAAUAUCAAAUGUACACUCUACUCUAAAUAAAACAAUUACUUUGCAUUUAAAAAA